AUGUCGAUAAUACUAAGUGUAGUUCCAUAUUUUACAAUUGUUCUGGGUUUAGGGAUAUGGGCUUACAAGUUAAUAUACCACAAUAAUCUCAUACAAAAAUAUUCAACAUAUUUGUAUAUCCCCAAGGUGCAUAUCAAUGACUACAUAGAUAAGAACUUGAAGCACUUGAACCUAAUACGGGUGAAUAUAGACAGCCAUGAUGAUUUACACGAAGAAAAACCCAGUGUCCUAUAUAAUUCGAAAUCGGAUAUGUUGAACAGAAUAAUUGGAAUUGUUUUCAGUGUUACCCUAUCUUUAAGUGUCGGUUUGAUACUAUUGAUUCUUCUUGAAUUGGGAGAUUUCUUGGAUGCUGAUUCACGAUUGGGAUUGUUUAAAAUAACAAUUAACACAUUGAUUUUUCUACUAGUCAGUGUUGUCCCAAUUUUUAUCAUAAGUUUAUUAGCUAUACAGGAUAUACUUCCGAAAACGCUUCCAUCAGCGGGACUUGUUUCAAUUUUAUAUGCUGUGUGGUUGUUGGUAUUGCACAAAUGUGGAGACUUAACCCAGUCUUUCAAUCCAAGAGGUGAUGUGUCUCGUCAUGUUGUGGAAAAAGUAAUCAACGAGGUUUCGAUAGUGGGUAUUACAAUCUUGGCAAUCCUCUCUGGAGUAGGGUCAAUUUCUACGCCAUACAAGAUAUUUGAGAAGUACAAAGGGUUAGAACCAGACUCAAAGGAUGUUAAUCAAGUGGAUAUAAACUCGACUAUUCAGUAUUUUAAUAAUACAUUAUCAUUGAUAGCCAAGCGGAAAUCAGAACUCAAUAAAUUGCAAGUUGCAGCAGGCGGAACUGUAUAUAAUUUGCCGAAUGAUUCCCAUAGGUUGCAUAAAUCUCCUAAAAAAUUAUCAUUACUCCAUAAAGUUCAAUCAUUUGCAAACAUUUCAAAAUACGAUAGUGAGGAAAAUGAACUAAUCAAAGAGAUCGAAUCGUUGGAGUCUCUCAAGAACACACUAUAUGACGAUUUGGUCAAACUAAUUUCAAAGUACACCUUGCAAAAUGAUCAGUAUAAUGUAAGUCUUGAAAGACUUUUAUAUUGGGGGAACAUGUCUUUGGCAAUCUAUUGUGUUUAUCGUAUAAUCAAUGUGUUUUUAGUAAAGCUUCCAUUGCUACUUUUUUAUGGUGAAGAUUAUUAUAAUGUCAGCUCAACGGUAAUUGACUCAAAUGAAGAGGCACCCUCGAGUAAAGAUGCACUAGCAAUCACAUUGUCCAAGGUUAUAUUGUCGGUUUUCCGUAAUUUACCAGUUUCCGAAGCUCAGUUGGUAAAUCAAUUGAGUUUUAUCCUAUCUGCCAGUUUAUUCGUUUGUUCGUUUUCAAAUGUGUUAACUACUUUCAAGUCAUUUAGCAGAUUUUUCCCGGGUCAUUCAAGUUCUGAGACAACCAAAAAUUGGCUUAAACAUUUGAUUGUUGCAGAAUUAGUAGGAGUUUAUGUGAUUGCCACAGCGUUAUUGAUUAGAACCAACUUGCCUGCAACUUUAUCUAAUCAGAUAUCAAAGAUCUUGUCUCUUUCUGGGAGUGCCGCGAAAAGUCCAAACGCUUCCAUUGAAGAAGUGGUAUUUAUAGAUAAUUGGUUUGAUAAGAUAUUUGCGAUUACAUGCGUAAUCACAAGCAUAGUCAUUUUUAUGAAAAGAUUGCUUGAGGAAGAUAGACUAAAUACGGAUAGUUCUUCUUAUGAUGAGGAGCUGUUUAUAGAAGAUAGUGGCCUAAAACUAGCCUAG